UCUGGUGGCAGAGGGAGGGGUACGUGUUGAGAGGGUUGUUGUGUGCUGGGGACAGGCAGCGCUGCCAAGGUCGGUGAAAGUCCUACUCAGACCAAGACUUCGGUUCAUCAGAUCCUAAAAAGUACCACCCCAAGUGACAUACAGAGACAAAGAGAAAGCGGAUGAUAUAGACAGCAACCCGAGGGCCUCCACCAGAGAAGGUUUGCUGGAAUGGGUAACCUGCUAAAAGUCCUAACAAGGGAAAUAGAGAACUAUCCACACUUUUUCCUGGACUUUGAAAAUGCACAGCCGACAGAAGGAGAGUGUGAGGUGUGGAACCAGGUGAACACUGUCCUCCGGGACUCUGAAAGCAUCCUGUCUGGCCUACAGGCGUACAAAGGAGCAGGCCAGGAGAUCAGAGAUGCAAUUCAAAACCCUAAUGACUUCAUGCUGCAGGAGCGAGCCUGGGACUCGGUCUGCCCGCUGGUCAUCAAACUCAAAAAGUUCUACAGUUUCUCUCUCAGACUAGAGAAGGCUCUGCAGAGUUUGCUGGAGUCCCUGACAUGUCCGCCAUUCACGCCCACUCAGCACCUGGAGAGGGAGCAGGCGCUGGCCAAACAGUUUGCUGAGAUCCUUCACUUCACUCUGCGCUUUGAUGAGCUGAAGAUGAGAAUUCCUGCCAUCCAGAAUGACUUCAGCUACUACAGAAGAACCAUCAGUCGAAACCGGAUAAACAACAUGAAUUUGGACAUUGAGAGUGAAGUCAACAACGAGAUGGCCAACAGGAUGUCUCUGUUCUACGCCGAAGCUACGCCCAUGCUGAAAACACUCAGCAACGCAACCACAAACUUUGUGACUGAGAACAAGACUCUUCCACUGGAGAACACAACAGACUGUCUCAGCACCAUGGCCAGCGUCUGUAAAGUCAUGCUGGAGACGCCGGAAUAUUCGAGCCGUUUCAGCAGCGAGGACACGGUCUUGUUCUGCAUGAGGGUCAUGGUCGGAGUCAUCAUUCUUUAUGACCAUGUCCACCCCAAUGGUGCCUUCAACAAGUCCUCAAAGAUAGACAUGAAAGGCUGCAUAAAAGUCCUGAAGGACCAGCCGGCAGACAACGUAGAAGGUCUCCUGAAUGCCCUCAAAUUCACCACAAAACACCUGAACGACGAAUCCACUCCAAAGAACAUCCGGACGAUGCUCCAGUAAUGUCUGUUCUUUUUUUUUCUUUUUUUUCUUUUUUUUAUAUAAAUAGAUAUGAAGAGGAUCAAUGCUCUGACCUCAAAUAAGAUGUAUAUGUUUACAUUAUUUAAAAAAGACUUGAUGUUAAUACUUGUGUGUAUUUGCAUAGUCAUUCCCUCAAAGCUAUUGAACCCUGCAGAACAUGUACCUUCUACUUAGCAAAAAAAAAAAAAAAAUCUGAAAGCAUUACAUGAAAUGCCUCUAACAGCUGUCAAAGCACAAAUGAUGGACACCUAUCAGCCUUAUAUCACUGAGCAAGCAACACUUCAUGGCAGCAUAAAAAUGUCCUUUAAAAAAAACUUUUCAGGAUUUUAUUUCACAGUGGAAUUAUUUAGUGUCCAGGUAUUAACCAAAUUCAGCCUGGGUUUGUGAAGCAAAAUAAAUCUUUGUUUAAAUUCUGACACGUUCUCAUUUAUAUUACAAUGAAAAUUCAGCACGUAUUGAAACAAGUGAAGUUGUUUGUGUGUUUUCACUUGAUCUACAAAGAAUACAAUAUAAUGACAGAAUAUGAAAUCAAUCAAUGUUGAGACGGGCAUUUUUGUUGCAGUGAAGGGCUUAAUGUUGAAAGCAGAUAAGGGAUUGAUCGGUUUGAUGUACGUAUUGCUAAAAGCAUUAGGGUGUUUUCUCAUUUUCUAGCCAGCUGUUGUAUGUGUCUCUUUAUUUUCAAACUCCAAGCUCGUGCAACUGUUAAAAAAAUAAAUGAAUAAAACUCCACUGUGAACAUAAAACUUACUUUGCACAUCCAGAAAGAUCCUGCAUGUCAAGGUUUGCUUUAACUUAAGAGGUUUUGCUGAUUGGGAGCGGCGUGAUAAUGAAACAAAAUCAAAUCAACCCACCAAAUGUUUUAUUUAAAUUGUAGCAGUGCUCUGAAUGAUAGUUGUGUGUUUUGCCAUGUUUUUUUUCGUGGCUUUUGUAUUAAACAGAAAAUGCAUUUCUCUAAAAAAAAGGCCAAAAAAUCUUUUAAUUCUGAAUAAAUGAUAUGUACUUCUUAA